UGGAGGAGCACCUGUUACACCUGUUAGUAGUUUACGGAAGAAAAGUACAUUUUUAACGGAUGGAAAGCGACAGUGGACCACCUUCCUCGCGCCAAGGUGGAGGGUGACGUCCCCCUAACUUGUCACUAACUGCUCCGCCGGUACCGUCGUCAUGGCUCGGACCGGCUCCGGGACCCUUCUCUCCCGCCGAAACAUCAAGCUGGACUCCUUCCUGAAGCGGAACACGGAGCAGGCGGUGUACGAGCGGAUCCGAGCCUACGAACCGUGCGUGGUGAUUUCGGAGACCGUCAACAAGGUGUACAUGCACGUAGUGCUGAGCGAUGAGCUCGUGUACCUCACAGAGUACCCGCCGCGCACGCUCACCGCUGCCGUUAGCUUCAGGCGCGUGCGUGACAUCGAGCUGGUCAACGACCUCCCAGAAUUCCUUAGUGGGAAGGACAGGGAACGCUGCCAGCACAUACGAAUCACCUACGUCACUGACAAGCCUGCUGCGAAGGGACGUGACUGGUUGAGGAGAGACAAGAGGACGGCACUUCCUCCUGCAGCCCCGCCCUCUCGCAGAGGCAGCCACUGCCCUUUAAUAACGCACACCUUAGAAGGAUAUCCUGCAGGGAGGAGCCGCAGUGAAUGGAGGAAAGGAGGAAAGGAGCUCCACAUGUUAAAGCCCACCCGCUCUGCCUCCUGUCCAAACCCUGAGACUCUUGGCCUCCUGCAGGUCCCACACCCCCCCACCCAGCCGCCCUCCUCAGCACCCUCCCUCUACUCCCCCACCAGCUCCCUCACCUCACCCUCAGAACAAAGCCUGAGGACAAUUAAGAGUGGUCAGGUUCCGAGGAGGAUCGGCUCGGUUCUGUCUCGUCUGCUCAGAAGAGACUGUGUGAACAGCAGGGAGGAGAGGGAGGCGGAGCUGCAUCUCUACGCCGUGUCACAGACGUCCAGACUUUACCUGCAUCUACAGAGCUCAUGGAACAGUUUUAUUAUCAGGUCCACUCUGUUGUUGGACCCACUCUACAGAAGAAAGUGCAAUGCUUCCUCUGACUCCUCCCCUGGGAAACAGCGUCCAGCCAUCAGCUGGGAGCGGACGGCCCACCUGUUUGCUCAGCUGAGCUCUGAGCUGCUGCAGGACGAGAUCAGUGUGGAGAGUUCGUACCUGCUGCUGCAGGAGCUGAGAACUGCUGCUCACCGCAACGUCACACUGCGCAGACUGUUCUGGAGGUCCAGUGAGGUUUGUGUUUUCCUGGUUCAGACUCUGGAGGAGUCUCUUCACGGCUGUCAGGGCCUCAGUGGAGUCUACACAGAAGAUCAACUACUACUGAGCACCGUGAUCGUCCAGACGCUCGCCGUCAUGUUCAGAGAGACGGAGGUCGAAGCAGCCAGACUCAACUUGCUCUCUGCCAAGAAAGGUUGCCUGGCCUCCAGGAUGCUGCUUGCCUUGAUUUGUGAUCCACGUCUACAGACACAGAACCGAGGAUCUCAGGUUGACUCUGAGCUUCAGGCCUUACUGUCUGAGUAUCUGGACGCUGCCUGUUCUCUGCUCUUUGAGCUGCUGUGCUCAGGCCACGAGACCAGCGAGUGUUUCUCUUUUGAAAACCUCCUGUCUGUCGGCUGGAUCCUGCGAGUCCUGCAGCCUCAUCCUCACCUGCUGUCCUUCAUCGGUUACCAGGCCCAGCAGGUGGUGCUGGUUCUGUCAGACCUGCAGGAGUCGGUCCUGAGCCCCGUCCAGGCCGUCCUGUUGUUCCAGCGCUGUCGCCUCCUGCUUGCCUGUCUGCAGUACAACAGCCAGCUGGCUCAGCACCUCCGAUCACACUUCAGAGAGGAGUUCAGGUACUUUGUGAAGCCGUCAUGUGCUGAGGAGAAGCUGCCGCCUCACUACCCGAUCAGCUUACCAACUCUCCGACUGGUCGAACGUAUUCUGACUCUAAUCCUGCUCAGAUGAUCACACAAACACGUGAGCUUUUACACUGGAAUUUUUAAUUUUGUGCCUUUACCAAACUCUGAGGGAUUUUGUGCUUUGAGCUGUAAAACCUACGUUUGUCCUUCUGAAUGUUUCUGUAUUAUUAUUAUUAUUAUUAUUAUUAUUAUUAUUAUUUACCAACUGUCUCAGGCCAGGUCAUAUUUAUCCAGAUAAGAUGUACGAACUGUUAAAUAUCAUCUGUCAUCUCUCUAGAAAGUAGACAUCAGUGGAGCUGUUGCACCCUAUUUCAAGUUAAUGCUAAUAAUAUACAGUCAGGUUUGCAGUCAGAGUCAGAUUGCUGUAGAUAGAUUCAUGUAAAUUAAAGUUAAAUGUAUUUUUGUGUGGUGUUUACAUUUUAACCUGUGAAGUGCAGAUUCCUCAGGUGAUGUGCACUCUAAAUAAAAUGAGUUGUCAUAGUAACAAUUCAAGACAUAAAUUGAUGUAAAUGCAUAUUUUUGUAAUUUGAUAGCUAGCUGUGUUACAGGCUGUUGCUCCACAUAUAUUUCCUUUAAAUAAAUU